UUAUCACUUGCAUGUCACAAUCGACGGUAAAUGCAGAAAAUCUUCCCUCGACUUGUCCAAGUGAAAUUCAACAAACAGUAUGACUCAGAUGAGAACAAAUUCUUAUAUCGAAACCAAUCAAUUUAAUGCAGAUUCAUCGCUCACCUUUAAUGUCGUUGGUGCGACUCUUACAGCAGCUUUAGGAUCUUUUCAAUACGGUUUUGUUCUUGGAUAUCCAUCUCCGACUGCAACUCAAUUACAACAACAGAUGAAAUGGAGUGAUGAGCUUUUUGGCUGGUUUAGUUCCCUUAGCUGUAUUGGUGGACUGGUGGGAGCUUUACUAGGUCUUUAUACCAUCGAAAAAUUUGGACGAAAGUUUAACAUGAUGCUGUUUUCUCUACUGAUUGUUGCUGGAUGGGUCAUAUUGGCAACAGCUGAGAAAUCAAUGAUGGCUUUAAUAGGAAGGACUAUUGCGGGAGUCGCCUUGGGAAUAAGCACAUUCUCCUGUCCGCUUUAUAUAGCUGAGAUAUCACCAUCAAAAUUUCGAGGAAGACUGGUAUGUAUUAACGGUCUCGGAAUUACUUUUGGGAUCCUUAUGUCAUAUAUCCUUGGAGCUUUAUUGAAGUGGCGAUGGCUAGCUAUUACUGGUGCUGGCGUUGGUACCACAAUGUGCAUACUAAUGCUGUUUUAUCCCGAGACACCGCGGUGGCUGGUAAAACAUGGUAAAAUUGAUGAAGCUCGUACAGUUUUAAUGAACUUGAGGAAAUUGUCUUACGAACAAUGUGAAACUGAAUUCUGUCAAAUUAAAAAUUAUUUGGAUAACGAUGAAAAGGUUUCAUUUAGAGAGCUCAGUCAACCAACAGUAAUUCGUCCAUUGAUAAUAACAUUAAUGGUAGUAAUGUUUCAACAAUUAAGUGGGAUAAAUGCCGUUUGUAAUUACGCAUCAAAAAUUGCAAGUGAUUUUGGAAUUAAAAGUGCGAACCUUGUGGCAGUAGGAGUGGGUUUCGUGCAAUUUCUUGGGACAGCGGUUUCUUGUGUGAUCAUUGACAAACUUGGCCGGCGAAAGCUGCUCAUUUAUCCAUGUUUUGCCAUGUUUCUAAGCAUGACACUUCUCGGUGUAUCACAGUACUUUAGAUUCAUACCAAGGAGCUUGACAUUCGUAUCGCUAUUUGUAUAUCUUAUCAGUUUUGCUUUGGGUUUGGGUCCAUUGACGUUUAUGAUUAUGGCCGAAAUAUUGCCAACUAGAAUAAGUGGCGUGGCAAGUGGUGUAGCAUCGCAAAUUAAUUGGAUUUGUUCAUUCAUUGUCAUAAAGACGUACAUUGACAUGGAACAUGCGAUACAUGCCUAUGGAUGUUAUUGGGUCUAUGCAUCUGUUUGUUUCAUCGCGGCAAUAUUUGUUUAUGUAUUUCUACCUGAGACGAAGGGUAAAACGUUGGAAGAGAUACGAGCACUGUUUGUGAAGAAGCCUGGGUCCAUGGUGAUGACAGAUACAGCACAUUCAACAAACAGUAUGACUCAGAUGAGAACAAAUUCUUAUAUCGAAACCAGUCAAUUUAACGCAGAUUCGUCGCUCACUUUUAAUGUCGUUGGUGCGAGUCUCACAGCAGCUUUAGGAGCUUUUGAAUUUGGUUUUGCUCUUGGAUAUCCAUCUCCGACUGCAACUCAAUUACAACAACAGAUGAAAUGGAGUGAUGAGCUUUUUGGCUGGUUUAGUUCCCUUAGCUGUAUUGGUGGACUGGUAGGAGCUUUACUAGGUCUUUAUACCAUCGAAAAAUUUGGACGAAAGUUUAACAUGAUGCUGUUUUCUCUACUGAUUGUUGCUGGCUGGGUGAUAUUGGCAACAGCUGAGAAAUCAAUGCUUGCUUUAAUAGGAAGAUCUAUUACGGGAGUCGCCUUGGGAAUAAGCACAUUCUCUUGCCCGCUUUAUAUAGCUGAGAUAUCACCAGCAAAAUUCAGAGGUAGACUGGCAAGUCUAACCGGUGUGGGAAUUUCUCUUGGUGUUCUUAUGUCAUAUAUCCUUGGAGCUUUAUUGAAGUGGCGAUGGUUAGCUAUUACUGGUGCUGGCGUUGGUACCACAAUGUGCAUACUAAUGCUGUUUUAUCCCGAGACACCACGGUGGUUGGUAAAACAUGGUAAAAUUGAAGAAGCUCGUACAGUUUUAAUGAACUUGAGGAAAUUCUCUUACGAACAAUGUGAAACUGAAUUCUGUCAAAUUAAAAAUUAUUUGGAUAACGAUGAAAAGGUUUCAUUUAGAGAGCUCAGUCAACCAACCGUAAUUCGUCCAUUGAUAAUAUCACUUAUGGUAACAGUGCUUAAACAAUUAAGUGGGGUAAAUGCCGUUUGCAAUUACGCAUCAAAAAUUGCAAGUGAUUUUGGAAUUAAAAGUGCGAACCUUGUGGCAGUAGCAGUCGGUUUCGUGCAAUUUAUUGGGACAGUAGUUUCUUGUGUGAUCAUUGACAAACUUGGCCGGCGAAAGCUGCUCAUUUAUCCAUGUUUUGCCAUGUUUCUCAGCAUGACAGUUCUCGGUACAACGCAGUACUUUAGAUUCAUAUCAACGAGCUUGACAUUGCUAUCCUUAAGUGUAUAUCUUAUCAGUUUCGCUCUGGGUUUGGGUCCAUUGUCUUUUAUAGUGAUAGCCGAAAUAUUGCCAACUAGAAUAAGUGGCGUGGCAAGUGGUGUAGCAUCGCAAAUUAAUUGGAUUUGUUCAUUCAUUGUCAUAAAGACGUACAUUGACAUGGAACAUGCAAUACAUGCCUAUGGAUGUUAUUGGGUCUAUGCAUCUGUUUGUUUCAUCGCGGCAAUAUUUGUUUAUGCAUUUCUACCUGAGACGAAGGGUAAAACGUUGGAAGAGAUACGAGCACUGUUUGUGAAGAAGCCUGGGUCCAUGGUGAUGACAGAUACUUUACAGAACUCUAACAACGGAUCGUGCAACGCUCGAUAUGAAACAUUAAGUCAAAACAGUUAGAUGUCGACAAGGAUAGAUUCAGAAUUAUUUGGCAUGGGGGUGCUCUAGUUUUUAUACAUGUCAGUCAUCCAGUCUAUAUUUUGGAUUUGAUUUUAGUGACUCGUUUGUGGGUGUUUUUAUUUGACUCUAACCAAGGAUGGGGAGUGCACCCCCCCGCACACCUCCAUCAAAUCUAUCGUUGCAUGUCAACAAAUUGUAGAUUUCAUAUUAUAGAAUAAAUCAAACGUUCAUUUUGCG